AUGGCGUCAACUCCCGACGGCGAGGCGCAAAGGCAGCCUCGGUUUCGAAGGACACGUUUCGUGUGUAUCUCAGACACCCACAAUCAAACAGUCAAACUGCCCAAGGGCGAUGUCCUCAUCCAUGCUGGAGAUCUGACAAACCAGGGUAGCUUCUCAGAGCUCUCGAAGACUGUUCAAUGGCUAGAGAAGGCUGAUUUCGAGGCAAAGAUCGUCAUUGCCGGAAAUCACGAUGUCACUCUCGACAAGGCGUUCUACGCCGAGUACGGCUCUUACUUCCACAAUCAGUCGCCUCAGUCUCCGGAUGCUUGCCUCAAGCUGCUCAGUUCAAGUCCUACCAUUACGUACUUGGAUCACAGUUCAACGACCGUAGUUUUGGAUAAGAAUCCUGCCCGGAGGACCUCCUUUACUGUGUUUGGUUCACCCUAUAGUCCCAAGGAUGGCAUGUGGGCAUUUGGCUAUGACAGAGCCAGCGCAGCCGAUCAGAUACCAACUGCCUCUAAGGCCACAGACGAACGUUCCUCACAAGCCCUGCCAAAUCCCGGAGAUAUCUGGUCAGCCAUUCCUAUGGAUACCGAUAUCGUCAUCACGCACACACCGCCGUACACUCACUGCGACGAGGCUGUCUCAAAAAGACGCGCAUUGGGCUGCGAGGAGCUCCGAAGAGCUCUCUGGAGAGUUCGACCAAAGCUUGCAUUUUGUGGCCACGUGCACGAAGGGCGUGGAGCAGAACGUGUCAAAUGGGACAUCCAAGGCGCCUCUGGGGCCCCAUACACAGAGCUAGGAGUUGAACGGUGGGAUGACCCCGGCGCUGGGCUCAACAACAACAAGAUGUCGCUGGUUGAUCUCACUUCCCGAGGGGGGAGGCAUCCACUGGAAAACGACGGCUCGACCGUGAGUCGGGAAUGGUCUGCUGAUAGUCGUGGCCAGGGUGGUGCUUGUGAGCACUUCGCUGAUGACACCGCCACAGCUCUCCCGGGGUUUGGCACACGCGGCAUAGGCGGGAACCCAGACGUAUCGGUCAGGUGCGACAGGGAGGCUUUGCGGUAUCGUAUGGGUCGGAGGGAGACGUGUGUCAUCAACUGUGCCAUUGCUGCGACGAACUGGCCCCAUAGCGGGGGAAAGAAGUUCAACAAGCCUAUCGUUGUUGACUUGGACUUGCCUGUUCUGGAAGUGGACUGA